CCGCUGGCUUCUAUUYAUUUGUAUAAAUGUCUACUAACAACUGUCUUGUGUUAAUAAUAUUAUUUCAAUGAAGUUUUAACUUAAAAAUAAAUAAAACGUGAAGCUGACACGCAGGCUCACUCUCCAGCACGGUAGAGGGCGAUAAUGCGUCUUAACGUUGGAUACCACCUGCAAAAAAAUCGAGGAAGAAGAAGAACGAACGUUUGCAGACAUAGACUAUGUCUAUGUGUUUGCAGAGGCAGAUUCUUCCGUUUGAGGCAGAACAAAGCAAGCUCUCUUUAGUUUGGAUGAAAGCUGAGCUCCAACURCCCAGAAACUGUUUAAGGAACAUCAGAAGAGAAGCUAAAAAUGGAGACGGCAGCUCGGACUGUGGCGGAGAGCAUCAGAGGGAGAGAUUCCUGAAGCAGCCAAGACGAAAACAAGAUGUUAAGCAGAUGCUGAUGGUUAAAGAAGAAACUCCUGAAGGCCACAGAUCUGUUGCUGAGCUGCAUGACCCAAAGCCGCAGCAGAUAAAAGAGGAAGAGGAGGAAGUCUGCAUCAGUUUUGGGGGAGAGCAGCUCAACAAAGAGGAGGAGAUUGAUGCCAUCAGGUUUCCAGUCUCUACUACUCCUAUAAAGAGUGAGGAUGAAAUACAGUCCAUUCUUCUCUCACAGAAUCUUUAUCAAGACCAGAUUAAAGGCAGAUAUCAUUCAGAAGAGAGCGAUGAAGGAGAAUCUAUCAAGAUUGAAGAAAUCGAAACUUCUCCACAAUCUUCUGAGACGGAAGAUUCUGAGAAUGACGAAGAGGACGACGACGUAAACCAUGUCUCUGAGUUGAAACACUUGUCAGAUUCUGGACUGAAAACAAAUGACAAGAGCAAUGCCUGGAAGUCAAACGGAGACAUUCUUAACAAGUCGUUUAGCUCGUUUGAGUUUGAUGUUCACAGUUAUUCUCUUCAGACCGGCGGGACACAUUCACAAAUAGGGUCUUCAAGCUCAGUUGAUAGUAAUAAAUGUUUUACAGAGGAGAAAGAUGCAGAUACACAAAGUAAAGUACAGACAGAAGGGAAGUUUAGCUGCGACGACUGUGGUAAAACAUUUGCUAGAAAAAAUACUUUAAACAGACAUAAGAGAACCCACACAGGACAGAAACCUUUCUGUUGUGAUGUUUGCGGACAAAGAUUUAACCUAAAACAAACUUUAAACAUACACAUGAGAAUCCACACGGGACAGAAACCUUUCUGCUGUGAUCUUUGUGGACAAAGUUUUAGCCACAAAUCAACUUUAAUCAGACACAGGAGAGUCCACACAGGAGAGAAACCUUUCUGUUGUGAUUUUUGUGGACAAAGAUUUACCGAUAAAGGAAGUUUAAACACGCACAGGAGAAUCCACACAGGACAGAAACCUUACUGUUGUGAUCUUUGUGGACAAAGAUUUAGACAGAAAUUACAUGUAAACAUACACAUGACAGUCCAUACGGGACAGAAGCCUUACUGUUGUGAUAUCUGCGGAAAAAGACUUGGCCAUAAAGUAAGUUUAAGCACACACAUGAGAAUUCACACAGGACAGAAACCUUUCUGUUGUGAUAUUUGUGGACAAAGAUUUAGUCAGAAAUCAAAUUUAAAUACACACAUGAGAAUCCACAUAGCAGAAACCUUUCUGUAGUGAUAUUUACGGACUAAGAUUUAGCCGUAAAUCACUUGUAAACAUACACUGUGUCCACACAGAACAGAAAUCUUUCUUUUAUGCUUUUUGUGGUCA